CUCAACGCGCUCGCGCCGCGAUCCGCGUUCGGUUGCGACUGUGUUGGUUGUCUCGCUCCACACAUGAUAGUGUUAUCCGUGUAACUUUGUUCUGUGUGUCGUUCCAUUCUCGGCAUUUUUUUGCUCGCACCACAGUGACCGCUCUCCUCCUCGUUAACCUCUCAGUGGCUAUUGGAUUUUUAUUUGUUUUCAUAUAUUCGUCCCCCAUUUUGGAUUUGCGUUUUGGAACUUUCUUCGGACUUUCAGAACUUUCCGCAUCGGUAUUCCCUCUCCGCACAGACCGGGCAGUGCUUAGCCGAUCGGAUCCCAGCCUUUGAGUGAAGCGUUGAUAAUUUGAAAUCGAAAAAAUUGAGUCAAAAUUUACAGGAGGAAGGAAAGGUCGCCGAGCCUCGAGCGACUAGCAAAGCGUCCGGGCAUUUUCAUUGUGUAGUGUUCGUUCACCGUUCUUUUUACCGUUUCGUUUCCGUCCCCUCUCUCUCGAUAUCCCGCGCGUGGCCGGCGUUCAACUUUAAAAUUAAAACCCCAAGAUAAAAAAUCAUAAUUCUAUAUCUAUAUCUAUAUAAUAAUCUUUGUGUAAUCGCGUAGUUGUAAGUGUAGUUCUAGUGACCGUUCUAUUUUCGUAAUGAGAAAUCCGGAUUUCCUCCCGAGUCCGAAUCAGAUUGUCUCAGCGUGAUUUUUGGAUAAGCAAAAUGGAUACGGAGGUGUUCCUCCGCGCGACCAACAACAACCCGGACAAGGACCUGUCCAAGAAGAAAUGGAGCACGGGCGCGCUCCCCCUGGCGGACAUCAUGGAGACCUCGGACUACGCUGGGAAGAAGGGCAAGGACAAGAAGAAGAACUCGCUGACCAUCAGCCUGAGCAAAGAGGAGCUCGAGGACAAGAGGGGACGACGUAAGUCCUGGCACGUCGGCAAGCUCGAGCGCAAGAGGCGCAAGAGCUCCCUCGUCCCGGGGAGCGGGCCCAACAGCGGGCCGCCCUCCACUUCCGGCUCCCCGCCGCCCUCGUUCGAUAGACAUAAGAGACUCUCCUGGUACAACAUCUUCGUCCCCGAUAACUGGCUUAAUCGCUCGCGGCGCUCAUCGACAGAAAUAGGAUUGGGCCGUUCUAUCGAGAAAAUCCCUUAUGUUCGGAGUAAAAGUCGCAGUGUUGACCAUGGCUUUUCACCACCAUUCGACAUCAAAGUCUUGCGCAACAAGGUCGAAGAGCGAUUUGAAAGCGUUGACAGACUUCGCAGAGAUUCCACAGAUGGCGAAUCUGCUAGUGGGAGCAAAGAGUUUCUCGCCGAAAAGAAGAUGUCAAAACCCAAGAUUGAAGUACCCACAACGAACUAUACGGUUGAGCCGUUGGAUACUCUAGCUUCAGUUGCUGCAAGGUUCGACUCAACACCUUCAGAGCUUGCAAUUUUGAAUAAAACCCGCACAUCCUCUGUCAUCUUCCCGGGUCAAGUCAUCAAGGUUCCAGAUAAAUCAAAGAAGAAGGAACACAAGCAAAGCUCCAGUGAUGGAAACACAGUGGAGGAAGGGUUUGAAGAAGAAAGUAGCGAAGCCGGAAGUACCAAAGAUCAGGAUGAGUCCGACUCUACAAGAAGACUAUCUUCGGAUAAGGAUACUGCUCAGGAACAAGAAGAGGAAUCAGACAUGCUGGACAGUUUGAGGCCAUCUUCUCCUAAACCUCAUCUAGAACAAGUCAAAGCUCCUUCAGCAAGGGGUAUCAGAUCAUCGCCUGCAUCUGUCGAACGGUUCCUUAAAAUCAAUGUCAAGCAUAUCACGGAUGGACAGGGAGUUGUUAGUGGUGUUCUUCUAGUCACACCAAAUGCAGUAAUGUUUGAUCCCAAUGUCAUGGACACUUUAGUCAUGGAACAUGGGUCCGAAUCAUACGCUGUAAUAGCUCCAAUGGAAUUCGUUGUCAAUGCUGCCAUCUACCACGAUAUUGCUCACAUGAGAGUCGGCCAUACUGACCAACAACAUUCCCUUACCAAGUCUGAUUCUGCAAAACCUGAAAUUUACUAUCUGAAUCGAACAGUGGCUGAACCUGUAGAAAACGUUGAACCUACCGAAGGAGAAACUAAACCAGAGGUCGAGGCAACAAAUUUAGCUGAUUCUUUGGAUAGUGAUAAACAUGAUUCACUUCUAGUCAAGGAUGAAACCCUUCUUGAACUCCGAUCAUCAACUGAUGAUGAGGAAGAGACUGGUAGCGUAUGCUCUUGUAAUCAAACUCAAAGAGAAGGUGGUGCGUUUCCCAAGGCGUUUGACAGGGAUCUAGUCACUCCCACAAACCUGUCUACACCUGGUGACAAAAAUAGCAGCCCAUCGUGUUUAGGCAACGCAACCACUCCUACUGCCCAAGAGAACACAAGUGAGGUCAGCACAGAUAGUCGCAAAAAUUCCACCGAUGACACUCAGUCAGGUUUCGUCGGUGAGGAUCCGGAAGUGAUUAUAAGAUCACUGGAGGAAAGGAGAAAAUCAUCCCUUGACCAUCAUUGGGCAGUUCCAAUCAACAAGGCCCCUUCAGUUGAAAGUAAUAAAGAUGGAGAAAACCUCGAUCAAGUUUCUGAAGAGUUCGGCGCUCCAACAGAUGACUCUCUAGAAAGUCAAUUAACGAAACAAUCCUGUCAUGACUCAGGCAUUGAUAUUAGAGAUCCGGCAGCUUUACCGUUACCCACCGUUAAGAAAGCAGUCUACUCGGACGCUGAUAUCCUGCUCAGUAGUGACAACGACUUUGUUCCUCCCAUACCAGUGAUACCUGACCACGAUUUCAGUAGAAAGAAGACUAACUCAGUUUCAUUUAGCUUAGAAGAUAACAAAGAAAAUACCGAAUCAAACAAAACAGAUGAAACAGAUAAGCAUCAAGAAAGUAAAAAGAACAAGAUGCUGAAAAGAUUAUCGUACCCUCUAUCCUGGAUGGAAGGAACGUUCUCCGGUGAAAAGGACGAGAAAGAAUCAUCGUUGCCAUCGUCAGCCGAAUCAAGUUCUCAUCCUUCAUCCUCGACUUCUCACUCAUCCAGCGUUUUCUCCAAAGUUUUUUCUAGGCGGUCAUCUGUGAGCACAUUCAUCCGCUCGCAACAUCACAACAGCCGAAGUGACUCCAAAGACUCAGUCAAAUCGUUACCCAAGUUAGACUACCGAAGUAUGGUCUCAGUUGAUGACAUGCCAGAACUCUUCGUCUCUGUGGACAUUCAUGCACCUCUAUUUCCACAGUUAGAAAAAUUAGAAUUAAUUCCCAGACCCGCUCGCUCAUGCGAAGACCCACCACUGUACCUAAGGCUCAGGAUGGGCAAACCUAAAGACAAGAAAAUUCCUAAAUCUUCCCACAUUAUGUCCUACGGAAAGAAGAAAAUGCGACCUGAAUACUGGUUUAGUGUUCCUCGAAACAGAGUCGAUGAUCUUUAUCGAUUCCUGAUGGUUUGGGUACCUCAUCUAUACGGUGAUCUAGAUGAAGAGACUGUGUCAUCCAGAGGUUAUGAACUCGUCGACUCAGACACAGAGCUUUGGGAAGACGGAAGCGAAUCUCCGGAGCACUCUCUCGGCAAACACCGUAGAGAAAGUGGUGAUGAUGGUGCACUAGCAAGAGAAUCGUGGGAGAUUGGUUGUCAGAUGAUCAAAGCUCCGUACAGCAAGCUGUACACUAUGAUCAAAACUCAGGCUGAUCAGUUGAGCUCAACAGAUAUGACCGAUCCUGAGGUUCUGUCUAUGACAGACGAGUUAAGGCGAGCUCUCUACGCAAACAGUGCUGGCUCUCUGGAUCUCGAUACACCACCAGAUCUAAUCGGAGUCACUGAAAUCCUUUCAGAAGAACACAGGAAACAAUUAUGCAGGCACCUACCUGCCAGAGCAGAAGGUUACAUGUGGACACUAGUUUUUAGCACAUCUCAGCAUGGGUUCUCUCUUAAUUCAAUGUACAGAAAAAUGAGUAGGAUAGAAUCACCAAUACUACUAGUAAUUCAAGACACUGAGGGAAAUGUGUUCGGUGCCCUUACGUCUUGCGCUCUAAAAGUUAGUGAUCACUUCUACGGGACUGGAGAGUCCUUACUCUUUACUUUCUGUCCUGAAUUUCAAGUUUUCAACUGGACUGGUGAUAACAUGUACUUUAUCAAAGGCAACAAUGAAAGUCUAGCAAUAGGAGCUGGAGAUGGUAAAUUUGGUCUCUGGCUUGACGGUGAUCUAUACCAAGGAAGGACAGAACCCUGCAAUACUUAUGGAAAUGAACCCCUCUCGCCUCAGCAAGAUUUUGUCGUGAAAACUUUAGAAUGCUGGGCGUUCGUCUAAUGAAUCACUCCUAUGGACAAAAUCCGUUUACUCUACCUGUAUUUAGGUUUUUAUCAUUGUUUUAAAAGUGUAUUUGCUAGAUCUUAAUCUCAUUUUGUGUUAAAAGUCAAUCCUUUUUCAAGUCUCGCUAGUUUUAUUAAUUUAUUUAUUUCUCCCCCUCCCUCAAUUUUGUUUAGUUUCAAACCAAAUACUAAUUUAUUUCCCCUUCCUUUUCUAUGAAUGUAUCAAAGCUUUUCUCCUACCCCCACCAGUAUCAUGAGUGUAUAGGUUCAAUGUAAAUACAUUCAUUUAUGAGUUUACGCUGCAUAUUUUUAUAUGUUUGUAAGCAUAUGCAUCCGUAAAUAUGUUUACCUGCGCAUUUUUUCUCCGCUCCUGCAUUCUAAGUUUUGUUUACUGCAUCGUCUCCGUUUUAGCGAAUAACAAUACCUGCACAAGUUCAAAACCAGGAGGGGAUUAGAUUUUUAUUGGUGCGCUCCACUGAGUGUUGUGCAUCGGCAAAGUGAGCGUUGUAUAGUUAAUUAUUUGAGAUAUUUUUAUUACUGUGUUAUUAGUUUAUUUAUUUUGAGUUUUAUCAUUUUUUUUCUCUCUAAUUUUUUACUUGCGUCAGCUUCUUUGUUCUUGUGUUUUUUUUUAUUUAUUUUUUCUUUGUGUGCGUGUUGUUAUGAAGGAGCAAGAGGAAUUGAGGGGUUUGUAUUUUGCAUCUAAAUUGUUUAUUAUUCGGUUCAAGCUUGUAUUGUGAUACGUCAUCUUUAUACAUUUUAAUUUUUGGCUCAAAUUCUACCAAAAUUCUGUUUGAUGCAUUUAAUAUUGAACUGAAAUGAUAAAAUUCUGUCUGAUGGGAGAAUACACCACUAAAUCUCAGAAUAAACUGUAAUAUCUAAGUCCCAUAUUUUUCUCUAUGAUAUUUCAGUCUAAUUUUAAACAGGAAGCCUGAUGCAGUGUACACACUUACAUUCCUCUUGCAAGUUCAACUUUUUGGUUUUAGUGAACUUUAUUGUAUUUUGAUGUUAAUUUUUUCAGUCGUAUAUCCUCAAGACUCCUGCAUUCAUUUUACUCCAAGUUUUGCUCUGAAGGGAGUGAGAAUUAGGUCCUUGUCUAAGAAUUUAUGAGAACAUCAUUAGAAUACAAUCGAACGGCGCUAGUUUCAUUAGAUUUUAACCAAAUAAUCGCUAUUGUAACUUUAAUAAUACGUAAAUAGUACAAUACUAAUAGUAGAGAUUGAUGUGUAAUCAUUAUUUUCUAUUAUUAUGGUCCAGCCACACCUCUAUUUCAUUGUUUUUUUCCUGUUAUUCUUUCUGCUACAAAUGUAAGUGGGAUUGCAAAUUUAUGUAGUAUCGCAAUUUUAUCUAAUAGUUUGCCCGUAUAGACAUUUAAUUUUUCUUUGGCAAAUUCUCAACUGCAAAUUACAACCAGGAGUUUUUUCCAUCAUCUCUUUUUCUUCGCCCUCUCUUCUUUUGUUUUUUCGGAACCUGGCAUUUUUUCUUGAUUCAUUUGCGAUUUUAUCUGAGCACUACACAGUCAUAUUUACUGAGACCUGUAGGACUAAAUAGAAUUCAGCCUAAAAUAGGAAGUAUAAGCUUUAAGUGAUGAGGCUUCACAGUCGAUUUACUCGUGGAGAUCCUUGUUUUAUUUGCCGCAAAUUUAUUUUUUUGAGAAACAAGAAAUCAGGAAGCAAAAAACGUUGUUAUUGUCAAAGUUUCAUUGUUUAUUUUUUUAUUACUUAGUUGAUUAUUGAAGCAUUUUAAAUUGAGUAAGCUGUGCAGCUUGUAUAUCAGUUCCCGUUUGAAAUAACGCAUCGUUUUUAUGUAUAUAGUGAUUAGUCUAUGUUACUGCCGUGUUCAGCUGUUCCCUCUAUUCCUGUGUGCAGAAACUAUUCGUAUGAAGCAAGUAGAAAACUCAAUCCCCCUAGCUGUUUGUGUUUAGAUUCAUUUACACAUCCUUUUUUUUUUUAAUUUUAUAAAAAGUUGACUUUAAAAUAUUGAUGGCAAAGGAACAAGAACUAAAAUUAUCACAAUUUCGUGCUGUUCAAAUUCUGUAUUUUUUUAUGCUGUUCUGAAGAUUUUCUGAUAUUGAUAAGCUACUCAUGUGCCUCUUUCAAGUAAUAUUGGCACAGGCAUGUAAACAUCUGAGCAUUUUGCCUUACUUACGCAUUUCUGCAAUUAAGAGCGCAGUGCCACUGCUGUACCCUCUAAUAUCAGUCGAGAUGACUCUUUCUCCUCCCAAUUAGCUCAACAGUCCACUUUGGCUUUGCUUAUCAGAGUUUAUUCUCCAAUAUUUCUAUGGAGAUAUCACUAUCAUCCGUCAAAGUUGCUUAGUUUUUAUUUGCUAACAGAUAUUGAUAAGCUACUCAUGUGCCUCUUUCAAGUAAUAUUGGCACAGGCAUGUAAACAUCUGAGCAUUUUGCCUUACUUACGCAUUUCUGCAAUUAAGAGCGCAGUGCCACUGCUGUACCCUCUAAUAUCAGUCGAGAUGACUCUUUCUCCUCCCAAUUAGCUCAACAGUCCACUUUGGCUUUGCUUAUCAGAGUUUAUUCUCCAAUAUUUCUAUGGAGAUAUCACUAUCAUCCGUCAAAGUUGCUUAGUUUUUAUUUGCUAACACAGAAAAAGUGCUCAAUUUCUCAUAUGUAGCACUAAAUUUUGCAACAACUGCUUUGUGGGGAGAUUUUCUUUUUAAAUGGUCAUCUUUGUAGUAUUCAUCAAAAUAACAGAAUUUAACCAGCAUGAAAUUCAAGCGUCAUAUCAAUGGCUUAAAUUUUCGACAGAAAUACAUAAAUCUGUAAUAUUGAUUUUGAAGGAUAGAUUUUUAGACCUCAGCCAUGGGCAUCCUUCGAUCUGACAGGCAUAGAUGCCUUCAAAACCGAUUGCUAACUAUCCCGAUGACUUUUUAUUUCGUGUUUUAUUGCUCCCGUACUAGCGUAGUGCUUUAAUCUCUCUGGCGUUAUCGCUGCAAUUUCAUUUUGUGAGAAAAUUAUACGUUGCUUUGAUUAGAUACAAUUAUGUUGAGAUUUGCAACUCAAUUUUUGUAGGGUGAAGCUCAAUUUUGGUCGCUGUGUUCAAACAGCCAAGCGCUAUCUUUUUCACCCGUUUCAUCUUUCGAAAGUAGCCUUACCCUUAGUAACCUUGCCCAAUUAUGAUGUCAAUUAAUUUGUAUUCUUCGAAAGGUAAAGACCCUAUUUGGUCUGAAUUAAAUCGAUGUUGAGUCAAGCGAGCUGGAUAUUUUAAGAGAUUUUUAACAUUUUUUACCAAUGAUCUUCGCUCCAGAGUUACACCUUUUAAAAUUCUUUACGAGACGUUUUUGCAUAGAGCAGUGACUAAGUGUGGAUUAUUUUGUAGGAAACAGUUUCUAUACUGGAUGAAAACUGAGGAAAAGAUCAAGUUGAUUUAUCUGCAGUUUGUAUUAAGGAAAGUCUUUUCAAAAGUUAACAUGAGUUAACAUGCCAUCGAAACUUGAUACAAGUGACACUUUGUUUGAAUGCCCAUCUCUCGUAGAACACUACUUAUUAACAGCUCUGAUCUUUAGAAUGAGUCCAGAACCUUCCUUCAGAGAAUCCAUUUUGCAAUAAAAUUCCAAUGACAAAAAAUCAACAAGUAAAUGAUGUACGUAGGAGCCCAAAUGCAAUAUGAAUGGUCUAAGCGUAAUGGUUGACAAGGCAAGCAAAUAGAUUGGUAAAAGUUCAAGGCAGGCAUUCUACGUUUCCCAUUUAAAAGUGUGUUUCAGUGCAAGAAUUUUAUGCUCAACAUUGAAGCAUUUUUCUUUUAAAUCUUUAGAGUCUGACAUAUUUUAUAAAGUCUCUUUUCUUUAAAAACCCUACAUUUAGCACUUUUUGUUCAUCCCUCUAGUAUCCCAUUCAGCGAAGAGUAGUGUGUUUUUUUCAUACAUAUUGAAACGAAUUCAAAGUUAAACAAUGUAUAUAAUCGUUUUCAUCCCUGGGAAUCAACACCCUUAAAUGAAGCUGCAUUUGUAGCCUAGGUCUUUUUACAUCACCCAAUUCAUAGUAAGCUCAUUGUCGGGGAACUCACUUGUUGUUUCCAUGUCCGCAGCAGGAAGUAAUUAAUGUCGCGUUACUGAUACCUACUCUACAUAAUCCUCCUGUAAAUUUGGAGCUGUCGUUUAAGCUGGCAGCCUUUAGAUCACUUUCGAUAAUAUCUUAGUCUCACCAAGAAGAAUAAUGUAGCGUAAAUGUGUAUUUGUCUAUCAGUAAUCCAGUACCUUUAAGAAGGAGCAUCGACUCAUUUUCAAGAAGCGUACUCUUCCCUUGGCGUAGUUUCCUGUCUCCGCUCAAAACUCACAAUCGAAUUGUAGUCAAAGAGCAAGUUCAUCUCUUUGGAAGUGCUCCCCUUAUUUUUAUAAACUGUAUCAAAACGAUAGUAACUUUUUCUUGCUUUUGAUAAUUUAGUCUAACGUACAUCCUGAGCAAAGGAGACUUCUUACUCAAUAAUUAUGCUGCAAGAUUCCUCUGUUUCUAGACAGGAUGAGUAAUGUUCAUCAGAACCGUUUUUUUUAAAAAAAAAAGAUAAAUCGCUUGUACCAUUCUUGCGUUUCCAGUUACCAGCAUUUCUACCCUCUUUCCAUCAGUAGUGCAGAAAUUCCAUCAUGGCGAUUAGAUUUUUGAACAGAUUUAUCUUGCAAUGAAGAAUUAGAGAUGUAGUAUAUAACCAAUGUACAAUAAUGAUUAAAGAUGCAAAUAUUUUACUUAAGAUGUUACUGUUGUUGUUAUUUUUCAGUUUUCAAAUUCAUUUUAAUUCUCUAAGUUUUGCAAUCAUCUCAAAUCAAACCUAUUUUCUGCCAGUCAUCAGAAUGAAGAAAAACUUUAAGUAGUUUUUCGAUAAUUUUGGGGCCAGUGUUCGUCGAAAUGAGUCAAUCAUUUUUUUAAUCCCUUUAUUCCGCAUCAGAUUUUUAAAAUAUUCGAUAGUGCAAUUCGAAAGUGUACAUCUUUUGAAUUUCGGGAAUAUGUUGGUUGAUGUAUUAAUGUAUGAGCUAAUUCUGGGCGAAUCAUAUUUGUACGAUCCACCCCAGCUGGUAUCUUAAAAUCUAUUUAAUUGAACUUCACCAAGCAAACAGGAUGUUUUUAUAUAUGCUUCAUUUCUUCGUUUCUAAGAUAAAAGCAGUCCAGCAAGUAGUAUGAAUUAAACAACAGCACACGUCAUUCAAAUAUAUUUCGCAUGCAUGGAGCUAUUAGCUAUCAAUGAAAUUCCAUGUACUCGUUGUACUUUUCAGUAGAUCAGUAGAUCUUUACUACCAGGAUACUCUUAGCGCAAAAGCACUGUAUGAACUCAACAAUGUUUCGAGCUUAGCCCAAAUUUUAAGGGGUGGAUCCAAUGUAAUUACAAAAUGAAUCUGAAAGUGGUUGCACUACUUGCCGAUUAAGUUGAUUUUUGAAAGGAUUUUAUUUUUUUAAGAAAAAUAUUUAUGUUACUGAUUGUAAAUAUCUUAUGGAGGAAGCGUUAUGAGCUCAUCAAUCCUUAGCCCUGUUCUAUGAUUAACCCAUUACCCACCCACUUCUGACCAAUCCAGCUUUUUCUGACAAGAGUCCCUCAAUUUCCCUUGACAACUGUCUUUUCUCGCUUUUUAUUAUUUAUUAUAUACUUUGUUUUGUUUUUUUAAGCAUUCAUCCUGUAUCAGAGAAAAUCAUUUGUUGAACAGAAAAUUGGACUUUUAUUAGCCAAUGAGAUUUAUCUACCAUGAUGGUUUUGUUAGAAAACGUAACUACACCCAAUCUUUCUAUGGCAGAUACGUGUCUUUUCAAAACUGAAAUUGAAGACAGAUCUUUUGUGGUUACUGAUGUCCAAUUUUCCUCUUCCACGGAGGGCUUUACAGUGGUUUUAAUAAUGCUUUCCUCACAAUGAAUUUUCAACUCUUUUCAACACUUGAAGACUUUUUAAAAUUUCUAGUUUUCUACAGAACCAUUGUUGACAACUUUGGAUUGAAUCACUUCGAUCUGUAAAUGACUUUUUCUUCAUGAACCUCUCUCACUUUUGCUGUCUUCGUUUGGAUCUUUCUCGGAAGUCUUCAUGAUGCGUCUUUAUUGUACUUAUUCUGUAAUAAAAUGUGUCAUGAACGCCUCCAGACAACAUGGCUUGCUUUCAAAAGAGUUCUGAUCUAAAUUUGAAAUUUUUAAUUUCGGAGAAACAUUUGAAAAAUUAUUUAUUUGAAUUUUCAAAUGACGGUAAGAAUAAAUCAAAGAGAGAGAGACUUUUUUUCCCUUUUUUUUCUAUUACUUUUAUAAAUGAAACCAAUCUUUUGUCUACUGAGAAAAUUCUCCUUACUGUCCCAGUUUUUUAACUACAAACCACAUUACCUCAAGACAUUAAUUUCUUACCACUCCUUUUACACCAGUCGCUCCUCAACGUCUCUUCAUCCUACUCAUUUUGAAUUUAAUUUCUGCAUACCCUGUAAUUUAGAAUUUUUUUUAUCAGUAUUAAUAAUAUUAACAAUUAAAUUCAUCGUAACAGUUUCUUUGAAAUACUCAAUUUAUUAAGUUUGUUACUAGAUGUAGGUAUAUCUAUGUAUAGCGAUAUCAAUUUUGUCUGGCUAGUGAAACUUUGUAGUUCUGUCAAAUAAAUGGAGUAACAAAGUUGUUACUUUGCUAUUCACAGGGGGGAAAAAUGUACUGUCUCAGAUUUUAGCUGCUUAGCAGAUUCUUGGUUGUAUCUCCUUGAUCAAUGCAGUUCGGCAAUUUUAGUGAGAAAUUUUCUGUUCCUCAUUGUUCCACCCUUUGUCAGAGAGGAUCAGUAUUAAAGGAUUUUAGCCUAUUUGGGUUUCUUCAGAACACUAGAAAUCUUCAAGAAUACACUAGAGAUAUGUUUUCGUAAUUUUUGAGAGAGAUCUUUAAAUGCAGCAGCUCUAUAUUCAUUGGUCUUUUAAGUUGUUAAUUUUUCAUUUCACUGCCUUAAAUGAAAAAGCAAUUUAAGUGGAAGAGUGAGGAUUUCAGCAUUAGCACUUCAACUAACAAAAUGUAGAAGUGUAAUCAGAUGCUCUUGAGGGCAUCUUCAUAAAUUGCUGCUUUUUUAUGCAUUCUUGGGUGGUGACCUGGAAUUGGUAUGUUUCCACAAAAAUUCGUACUUCUGUAACAACUAAAUAAUCAAUGAAAAAAAAAUCAUGUUAAGGAAUUGAUCACUGAAAUGAAAGAGAGGAAGAAUGGUGGGAAGCGCAAAUGUUCAACAUGUGUGCCUGAUGCGAAAUGUUAAACAAAACCAAAGGUUUUAAUUUUCAUUCCAAUUUUUAUCUGAUUAAUUUUGUCCCCGAUUUUCAAUUUGAACGCUCACCAGAAUGAUUGGGACUUUAUGAACUUCGCAAAUCCUCGGCAAAUUCCUUUAAUACUGAACGAUGUUCUAGUGAUGCUGUACAACCAGAAUCUAGCCAGAUGAAUUUUUGAUAUGAUCCCCGCUUUCAACCAAUUUUAGUUUGAUGUAAGUAUUAAGAAAAGUUUGAAACAAGUGAGUUAAUACGUUUUACUCGGCCAAAACACUCAAACGAAACUUUGAAAGAGAAAAAUUACCUAUGUCAAUUGAUAUUUUGUAGUUUGCUGUACCUAGUAUUGUAAUUAAGUUGUACAUGUUUCUACUAUUUUAUUAUCUCAAAAAAUAAAAACUAUGUAUUUAUGGUCAAUCCAAUGAAAAA